AAUUAUUUUUUGGUAUCAGUUUUUUAUGACCAUUUUUUGUUGUCUUGUUGUUUGAAUUGAAAAUUUUAAAAAUAUGGUGUGGGGUAUGUAGAAGUAGGGCACUUUGUUACUUUGUUGGUGAACUUGCAAAGUAAUAAUAAUAAUUAAUUGAACAAUUGUGUUUGACUGUUUUUACCAUUUUUUUUGCAGAAUGAACAAGUUGUGUACAGUUACUAUUUGGUUGAAUGGUAAAUUUGUCCAUACACCCAAACUGGCUUAUGUAGGUGGCAAAAUGGAAGUAGUGGAUCGAAUUUGCUUAGACUACAUGAACCUAGAUAACCUAUUCCAGAUAUAUCGUAUGAGUGGGGGGGAAAAAACUAAUAUUCAGUUCUACUUUGUUUAUCCUGGGCUAUCACUUCAUGAUGGAUUGAGGAUGAUUGAAGAUGAUAUUAGUAUCCAAUUCCUAGUGUCAGCACAUGAAGACUUAGACCACCUAACAUUGUACACAGAAGAGAAUGACAGAGAACCUUUAAUUGCAAUUGAUGUGAAUGGAAAUGUGAUUGUGGAUAAAGGGGAAACUCUCCUGCUUAAGUACAGUGAAGGGAAUACAAGAGAGACAGUAGAGACUGUAAACAUUGAAGAUGAUGCACCAAUGGAUGAAUAUGGGACACAAAUGAAUGAAGAUGAGGCACCACUGAAUGAAGAGGAGGCACUGGAUGAAAAUGAGAGAACAAUGACUGAAGAGGAGGCAACACUGAAUCAAGAGGAGGAAAAUGAGACACCAAUUACUGAAGAUGAGGCAGCACUGAAUCAAGAGCCACUGAAUCAAGAGGAGGCACCAAUGAAUGAAGAAGAGGCAGCACUGAAUCAAGAGCCACUGAAUCAAGAGGAGGCACCAAUGAAUGAAGAAGAGGCAACACUGAAUGAAGAGGAGGCAUCACUGAAUGAAGAUGAGCCAGUUAAUAAAGAAGAUGCAGCAAUAUUUGAAGAUGAUUCUUCAGAUGAAGAUUAUGUUCAAUCUGACAAUGAAGAUGGUGAUGAUGAUAUACCCUCUGAUGCCCCAAGUGAAGAGUUUGCUGACAUUGAAGGCUCCUCUGAAGAUGAUAUCUUUUUGGACAGAAAUUCAAGUAAGAAAGAUCUAGCUAGAAAACUGAGGCAAAUGCUGAACAAGGAAAAGAGGUCAGUCCAGAGGUAUAAAAAAUGCAGAGUCAAUCCAUCUCAACAGACCACUGAUUGGUAUAGUGAUGUUGAUGAUGAAGAUGAUAUUGAAAAUCUGAAUUUCUUAGACAGUGAGAGGAGAAGAGUUCCUAGUUUCAGUGAAGGGGAAACAAUGAAAAACAGAAAUCUUGAAGUUGGUAUGAAGUUUCCAAAUGUAGACAUUUAUAGGAAAGCACUUAUAGAUUGGGUUGUUAGAAAUGGAUAUGAACUGGAGUACUUAAAGAAUGAAAGGACAAGAGUGACUGCAACAUGCAAGGAAGAGGCUUGCAAAUGGAGGAUCCAUGCCUCUGUUGUUCAAGGAAGUCAAAUGUUUCAGGUAUUGUGUUUUCUUUUGGUUUAUGUUUCUUCAUUGUUUUCUUUUGAUCCCAAUGAUAUUAAUGAAUUUAUAUGUUAUGUUUGCAGGUUAAGACCCUAACAGGUGAGCACACAUGUUCAAGAAAAAGGGAGAACAAACAUGCCACUGGAUGGGAAUGACAACUUAUUCCCAAUUGCUCUUGCUGUGGUUCCUAUUGAAAACAGGGAGAUGUGGACAUGGUUUCUGUCUGAAUUGUUGGAUGUCAUUGGUGGUGCUGAGGAUGGGAAGUGGACAUUUAUUUCUGAUAGACAGAAAGGGCUGUUGGAGACCAUUAAGGAGAUUGCCCCCAGGUGUCCUCACAGAUUCUGUGUUAGGCACAUAUACCAAAAUUUUAAACAAAAAUGGACUUCAUUAGAGUUAAAACAGUUGUUGUGGAGGGCUGCUUCAACAGGAAAUACUAAUGAAUUUCAACAACAUUUGAGGGCAAUUGAGAGGAUUGAUGCAGGGGCAGCCAAAUGGUUGAGGGAGAUAGAGCCUUACCAUUGGUGUAGAGCUUAUUUCAGAAGAGGAUGCAACUCUGAUGUAGUUGUGAAUAAUCUGUGUGAGUCUUUCAACAACUUCAUUCUUCAAGCAAGAGAGAAGCCAAUUGUUAGUAUGUUUGAGUGGAUCAGAGCAAGACUAACAACCAGAAUUCAGGUAAAAAGGGAGGGCAUGGAGAAGUAUGAGGGCCAAAUCUGUCCAAACAUACUUAAAAAGAUCAACAAGUAUGAGAAAUAUGCAAGAAACUGUUUCCCAAGAUGGUGUGGGGGAGAUGAAUUUGAGGUUGAAGCAUAUACUGAUAGAUAUGUGGUUCAUCUUGACAAGAGGACCUGCACUUGUGGUAUGUUUCAGCUCAAUGGAUACCCAUGCCCCCAUGCAUGGACUUGUAUAUUGGACAGAAGGUUGAAAGUAGAAGACUAUGUGGACCACUGUUAUUCAAAAAGCAUGUAUUUGAAGGCUUAUAGUCACAUGGUACAUGCAGUUCCUGGACCAAGAGACUACAUAAUCACUUCACAUGAGCCACUUCUACCCCCAAUGUACAAGAAAAAGGCUGGGAGACCUAAGAGGUUGAGAAGGAAGGCCCCUGAUGAGAUUCAUAGGACUUCAACAAGAAGAGGCCUCACACAUACAUGCAAGAAUUGCCUUCAGCAAGGACAUAACCGGGCAUCAUGUAAGAAUCCAACAAAUCCAGCCUCUAAAUUUUACAAGGUAAGCUUUUUUUUUUAUGUACAUAAUUUCUUGUACAUUUUGUAUAAUUAUUAUAGAUUUUUGAUCAAUUUUUCCAUGUGUCAUAGGGGAAUUCCAGUGGUGAACCAAAUGUCCAGACCACUUCUGCACCAACAGCCCAAACCACUUCUGCACCAAGAGGCCAAACCACUUCUGCACCAAGAGGCCAAACCACUUCUGCACCAAGAGCCCAAACCAGUUCUGCAACUAGAGGUCAAACCACUUCUGCACCAAGGAAAUCCACUACCCCAAGUAACCCUUCUGCACAAAGGAACUUCACUGCACCAAGGUCUCAAAGUACUUCUGUUGCACCAAGUACUGAAAGAAUGGCCCAAGCAAAUGCUGAAACAACUGCUGCAGCUCCUAUUUCUACUCAAGAAUCAGGAGUAGGUUUGGAAAGAGCACAACAGCCUUCAACAAUUGGAAAGGUUGUAUGAUACUAGUGUUUUUUUUUUUUAUUGAGAUGGUUAUAUGUUUGCAACUUACCUCUAUUUUUUAAAUUUCUUUUUGUAGGUGUAUGUGGGAAGGAGAAAUGCAACCCUACUUGGAGGAAGUUCAAGCAACCCCAUUGCCAAUAAAAGGAUAAGGAAGCCAGAGAUCUCUCAAGUUCUGCAAAAUAUAAGGGAGAAUGCCAAGAGAAGGAGACAGUGGAAGCCUUAGAAGUCCUUUGUUUGUUUGUUUUUUGGCUUUUGAAAAUUGUGUAAUUGUUUUGGCUGCAUUUGAAGGCAUUUGAAGGCUACUGACUAGGAUAGUUUUUGUAUGAUUUCUCUUGAAUUUGGCUGUGAUUGCUUUUGUACUUUGAAUCUAGAUGAUUAUCACUUUUGGAUGACAUUUUGGUUUUGAACUUGAACCUAAUUGGAAGAUUAUGUUUUUAGUAAUUUGCAGUGCAAUUAGUGUUGUUGAUGUACUUGUGUACAUGUUUUGUAAUUGUGUAUGUGUGUGAUUGCAUAUUUUUUAGCAACAGGGAGUUGUUUAUGUGUGUGAUUGCAUUUUUUUUAGCAAACAGGUUGUUUUUGCAAAUUACAUUUCACUUCAAGGUUGUUUUUGCCAAUUUUUAUUACAAAUUUUCUCAUUUUGUAAGAAAUGUGUAACAGAAUCAUAAACAUAAACAAAAAUGAUAAGAAAAAAAAACUUCAUUCCAACAUCAAAGCUUCAUUCAUUACAAUCAUAAUUGAAACUAAUUGAAACAAAAACAGCUAAAAAAAGGUUUUUUUACAGCUUCAACAACAAAAGAAUGACCAUAAUAAACAAUGCUAAACAAAUAACCCAAGAAAUAUGCAAAAUUGCAUCACUUUUUCUUCCUUCAAUCCCGUUAGACAUUACUUCACGUGGCUCAUCUACUUCAUCCGAAAAACCUUCUGCAGAGGCUUCCCAAUUCGAAAAUCGUACAGCAACCCCCAUCGGCUCCCAAGUUGCUCGAGUUGGUUCACACCAACGAAAAAAAUUGCAGCAUCGAUGUUCACAGGAGUAGUACAACUUACCCUUUGAUGGUUUCGUUGAUGAUUCAACCACUUUUAUUAUUGCUUUCAUUUUGCAUAGACAUAGAGGAGUAAUCCCAUACCUCAAAUCCAUUAAUGGCUUCGAAUUACUUCUCCUCGCUGUGUUGCUAGACGAAUACGACGACAUUAUCAGAAUAUCUAUGGAAAUCGAGAUAAAAUCACAGAG